AUGAUCACGUGCACUUCUCAGGUAUUAUGUAUGGGUUAUCAUGGAUCUGUAUUGUACAAGGGCAUCGUCAAUAUUUGUCACCAGCGGAUAGAUCUCUUUGAUCAUCUUUUUAUCUCUUAUCAAACUAUGGCAUCCAAUAACACGAACGCCACCACCACUGCUCCCUUGGCCAGCAAGGACAAACAGGUGCUCGUCACCAUGGCAGGUCCCCAUGGCACCGAUAUUGUGGGUGCCGUUCUUGAUUGCCUUGCCAACCACCCCUGCGACAUUAACGACUGCAUGUUGUCUCGCCUUUACCACCAUGUCACAUUUGGUGUGCUCAUUACGCUUCGAUCGGAUAGCGAUGCCAUUUUCAAGAGCCUUGCUGCAGCAGCCGAAAAGUGGGAUGCUACGUUGACCUAUAAUGUGCCUGAUACUGAAGCAACCGAACCUCCUGUACGCCACUCACAAGAAGAAGGUCGUUUGGGCGAACGUGAUCCACAAGGAGUUCCACCCUCCCUCGAAGAAGCACCUUAUGUGGGUCGUUUCAAGUAUGCAGCAAGUUUGUUGAAUCAAAAUGGUCUUCAGCCUGCGUUUUUACGUGAUUGGGCACAAUUCUGCUUAAAGUAUCGUAUUUCAGUGGAGAAACUCUCGCCUCUCAACAAGGAUGGUGGUAUGCUAUCAUGUGCCGACUUUCGCCUUUCCGUUCCUCAAACGCUUGACAUGUCCAAAUUACGCACCGAUCUCUUUGAACUUUCAUCCAGCCAUGGCACUGAUAUCGCCCUUCAACGUGAUGAUGUCUUCCGCAAGAACAAACGACUCGUUGUCUUUGAUAUGGAUUCAACUCUCAUUCGUCAAGAAGUUAUCGAUGAAAUUGCUCGACACGCCGGCGUGGUGAAUGAAGUCGCGGCUAUCACUGAAGCAGCUAUGAAUGGUGAAAUCGACUUUAAAGAAUCGUUGCGUCGUCGUGUUGCUCUGCUCAAUGGCACAAGUGUGGAUGUUAUCGAAAAGGUCAAGGAGAGUUUGACUUUCACUGAAGGUGCCCAUUUCUUAUGCCGUGCCCUUAAGAAGCUCGGAUUCAAAUUAGCUGUCAUCAGUGGUGGUUUCAUGCCAUUGGCACUCUAUGUCAAAGCCGAGCUUGGAUUGGAUUAUGCAUUUGCUAAUCAGCUCAAAGUGUCUUGGGAUGGAAAAACAUUGACUGGCGAGACCGUUGGACCUGUUGUUGAUGGUAUCAGGAAAGCUGAAUUAUUGGAUGUGCUUGCUCAAGCAGAAGGCGUGACCCCAAAACAAGUCAUUGCUGUUGGUGAUGGUGCCAAUGAUUUAUGGAUGUUGAACAAGGCUGGUCUUGGUAUUGCUUUUAACGCCAAGCCUCGUGUCCAGCAACAGGCACCUUCGCGUAUCAACCAGAAAAGUCUCAAAUACGUGCUCACUUUGUUGGGCUUCUCGGAACAGGACCUGGAACAGCUGAGCUCAGAUUACUGA